AUGAAAGGCAGUAGUAGGAAUAAGGAUCAUUCGACAGAAGGAGAAGGAACUGGGAAGCGACCAAAAAGAAAGUGUCUUCAGUGGCAUCCCCUGCUUGCCAAGAAACUCCUUGACUUCUCCGAAGAGGAAGAAGAGGAAGAGGAAGAGGAGGAUAUUGAUAAGGUGCCUCUCCUUGGCGCUGAUGGUUUAGAGCAGGAUCCUGAUGAAACCGAAGAUGAUGAGUCCUCAGAGCAGCGAGCUCGCCGACCAAUGAAUGCAUUUCUCUUGUUCUGCAAACGCCAUCGCUCUCUUGUGCGAAAAGAACACCCUCGCCUCGAUAAUCGUGGCGCAACCAAGAUCUUGGCAGAUUGGUGGGCUGUUCUAGAUCCAAAAGAAAAGCAGAAAUACACUGACAUGGCCAAGGAGUACAAGGAUGCAUUUAUGAAAGCAAAUCCAGGGUACAAGUGGUGCCCCACGACAAACAAACCCGUGAAAACCCAAACACCCACCGUUACAAACAGGAAAAAGCUAUGGGCCUUUGCAUCAGACUCGGCAAAAGAUUUACCAAGCCCGAGGAAAGUUGCAAAAAGUGAAGAAAUGCCACGGCUUAACUUCGCGAUGGCAGAUCCUACACAAAUGGGAGGCCUGAGCAUGCUGCUUCUAGCAGGAGAACAUGCCCUGACUGCACAAGAGGUUUCCUCAAGUACUUGCCAAUCUGAUGCAACUAAUUCUACAGAAGCCUGUCAGAAGUCAUCAUUGUUUCAGUUUGCAGAGAUCUCUUCAAGCACAUCACAGCCUGGAGUCCUGGGAGCUGUAAAACAAACUGAGGAUUCUGCGUUGUUUCAGUUUGCUGAGAUCUCAUCAAAUACUUCCCAGUUGUCAACUCCUGAGCCAGCAAAGCACUGUGGGAAGUCGGCACUCUUCCAGUUGGCAGAGAUGUGCCUUGCUUCAGAAGGAGUAAAAGUGAAAGAACCUGGGAAGACAAAAGUGGAAGCACUGGAAGAUGUAGGAAGGGAAGUUACAGAGGAAAUGGAUGUAGAAGAACUGGAGAAAACAACAAUAAAAGAUUCCUGUAAAGGAAAAGUAGAACAAUCAGAAAUGGAGAAUAUGCAAAACCAGGAUGAGACAAAAGCUGAGGAAUCAGAAACUGCAAAAUGCAGAGAUUUUACUAGUCUUGCAAUGGAGAGCAGUCCUUUUGUGAGAAAUUAUAACACAAAGGAUCAUAUGUGCUGUUCUCCAGAGCUUUCAAUGGCUGACAUGAAUAUCCUCGGGCUAAAGCCAGAAAAGAUAAAGAAGAAAAAGAAAAAAAAUAAGUUGGACCGGCACACGAAUGAAAAAUCCACCCCCAAGAAACCUUGUAAAAAGAGGCAGUCCUCCGAGUCGGACAUUGAAAGUGUAAUGUAUACAAUUGAAGCUGUUGCAAAGGGGGACUGGGGUGCUGAGAGACUCAUGGAAACUCCCCGCAAAAAACCCCGCCCUGUCUCAAAUGUGAAGGGAAGUGUGUUGGAUACAAAAUCACCAAAGAAAAAAGUGAAAUCGAAAGAGAAGAAGACAUCAAAGGAGAAACCCCCAGAGACCACCAAAGAAUCAAAGCCUCCUGAUUUCCUUAGUAUUGCAGCCAGCAAGGAAGUACCCUGUGAGGCUUCUGAUAACAUUAAAGUGGAACCACUGACCCCAACAGAGGAGGUGGUACCCCAGAGCUUACCAGGACAGGUCAAAACUGAGGACAGUGACUGUGUAAAAAAGAUAGAAACCUGUGGCUCCAGGAAAUCUGAGAGAUCUUGCAAAGGUGCUCUUUAUAAAACUCUGGUGUCAGAGGGCAUGCUCACAUCUCUGCGUGCAAACGUGGACAGAGGAAAAAGAAGCUCAGGAAAAGGCAACUCCUCAGAUCAUGAAGGAUGCUGGAAUGAAGAAAGUUGGGCUUUUUCCCAAAGUGGGACAAGUGGGAACAAAAAACUGAAAAGGCCUAAGCCAAAGGAAGAGUUUGUUUUCGGCUUAGCAAAGUUGGAAGAAGAAUUUGAAAAGAAAUUCAACAGCCUCCCUCAAUACAGUCCUAUUACCUUUGACAGGAAAAAUUCAGCUGUUCCAAGGAAAAAGAGAAAGGUUGGAAGCGGCUCAUCUGAACAACCAAAAUCCAACAAAGGUUCAUUCCAGUCUCAGAAAAAGAACUUUUUCCACAAAAUUGUCAGCAAAGUUAAGCAGAGAAGGAAGCUUAAUGUUCCGGACACAGCCAUACUCUCAGAAGACAGAAAUUCCAGUGAGUCUGCCUGGAAGAAUAAAAUUUCUAUAUCUGCCCUAAAUACUCCAGAGCCAGCAAUGAUGCAUGAGCCUUUAGUUGGCAGCCAGAAAAGGAAAGCAAGGAAAACUAAGAUCACACAUCUUGUCCGAACAGCGGAUGGUCGAGUGUCACCAGCAGGAGGGACACAGGAGGAGAAACCAAAAGAGCUGCCACAAAGUACUCUUCAAAAAACAUCAAGUGCAGAAACAGAUUGCAACACUGAAUGCUCUGGAAACACAGAGACAGAAGAAAAUCAUAGUAUUACGUCAGAUAUGCCAGCGGUGUCUGCAUUUUUUAGCUUAGCUGCUCUAGCAGAAGUAGCAGCCAUGGAAAACGUACACAGAAGUCAGAGGGCCACAUCUCUGCCACAUGAUGGACAGCCAAAUGAAAUGUCUCAGGCUCCAGUGCUUAUUUCCUGCGCUGACCAGUGAAGCUCCACUUUAUUGUAAAACAUUGUGCUUUACCUAAUAUCCUAGCCUUGUCUUUACCAAGGGAAGCUAGUCAGUCCAUAUGAUGGAAACUAUAGACUGCAAGCAACUGCUUAUUGCUCUGAGUGGCCCAGAAUUCACUGGAAGCCAGACGUUAGCAACUUGGGCCAGAUCCUCAAAUCGGAACCCAGUAUGUAGGAGGGUGAUAUUGUCUAUUAAUGAACAGAAAUUGAAUGAUCCCAGAGCUUGCUUUCUAUUGAAGGCUUUUAAACAGUGAAUAGGUGGUUGGUGUGAAAAAGGCUGCCUUUACUGUUAGCUCACACAGCAUCUCUUUUACCAACCAGAGAGUAUGGCAACUAGUUUAUAUAAUACCUAGUUAUUCUAAAUGAAAAUGAAAAAAAAAAAACAA